AUGAACGUGACAUUAUUCCGGUGGCUACUUAUUGUAGUCACUAAAAUUAUCUAUUUUGUCGAUGCUAAUUGGUUUACAGGUAAUCUUUGUUGGUCCAUGCCAUGCAUGAAUGGAGGCUCAUGUUUUGGCUCAGCAUAUACUUAUCUUUGUGUAUGUCCUAUGAAUUAUAGUGGAGCUUUAUGUGAAAAACGACUUGGUAUUUGUCAAGAAAGUCCUUGUGGUAAUCGAGGUUUAUGUGUUGAAACAAGUUUAACUUCAUUUGAAUGUCGAUGUUAUUUUGAUUAUAUGGGUCCAUUAUGUGAAGAACAUGUACCGAAAGAUGAUCCUUCUGUAUGGUCAUCUCUUAUACCUGUACAUACACGAGUUUUAUUUGAUAUAUUACAAGAAGCAUAUCGUGUAAAAGUUCAUGGCAAAUCAGCAAUGAAUUCUAAUAAUGAUCAUAUAGAUUUUGUGAGUUUAUUAACUACAAAUGGCGCAUCAUCAUCCGAUACAACAUCAUCAACAAUACUUAAAUCAAAUUUAAUAACUUAUCCAAGUGAAACAACCGAACGAGAACAUGUUAUACGAGCUGAAGAUAUUCAACUUGAAAAAAUUUUUCCAAAAAUUAGUAAAGCAUCAACAACUAAUAUGUAUAAACAAGAUUUCAUAGAAACAACAUCUCAAAUAUUUGAAACAACUGAACCAAAUAUAUAUAAUAAUGAAACAAAUUUUGAAACAAAUAUGACUUCUUCUAUGAUGAUAUCUACAAUAGAAAAUAUUACAACAACCAUAUUACCUUCUUUAGAAACUAUCGAAAAUAUGACGACAAUAUCAUUAGAACAAAAUCAAACUAAUUCUUUAAAUAUUACCGAAGAUCAAGAAUUUAUUAAUAUUACUCAACAAUUUAAUACAAUGAUAACUUCUACACCUUUUGAAUGGUCAAGUUCUAAUAGUGAUAAUGAUAAAAUAACU